AUGAGCACCAACUACGGGGCUAAAUCAGCAUUCAUCACAGAGAGAGAGACUGAGAAGGAUGGGGAUAUAUGUAAAUCACUAAUUUUGUCACCGGUAAAAGGGGUGUUAGGGUGGGGCCCACGAAAACUUAGAUCCAAAAGCCCAAAUAAACCAAUAAACUGGGCUUCCUCAACCACGCGGGCUAUCAGGUGGGCUCCAACAGAACUUAAUCAGUGA